AUGGCGGCAGCUGUGAGAUCUCGGGGCGCGCCUUGGGCGCACUGGGCUCGUGCUGCCAGCAGCGGCGCGCCGCCGCUGAGGGUGUUGAAAGCCAACCGUGAUGCCAACGUGGGCGCCUUGGCGGGCGCCAUCCGCCACGAGCUGGUGAACAUGCCAUCGGUGGGGCUUGAGGCGGUGGGGCCCAGGGCGCAGCUCAAGGCGCUGAAGGCCAUGAUCUUUGCCUCGGAGUACCUGCACGAGGAGCGGCCCGGGAUGCAGGUGGCGGCAGAUCCCAGGCGCGAAGAGAUUCCGCCCAAAGGGGACUUGCCGGGCACCAGCGGCAUCCGCUUCUACCUGUCGCUGGUGCCUGAACAGGUGCUAGCUGAGGCAGACAUGAUGUUCUCCCAGAGCACCAACCCGGGGGUGGCAGCCACUGAGCUGGCGGAGAAGAUGACGCAGCGGAACCUGGUGACCUUGUCUGGGAUGGGCGAAAAUGCCAUCUCCAUGGCGCUCAAGGCCGUGAUCAUCGCGCGGACGCGUUUGAAGCUGGAAGAGCAGGAUGCGCUGCUGGUGGCGCCCUCCAUGCAGGCCGUGGGGGACUACAAGCGCGUGCUGCUGCAGUGCCAGCGCGGCACGGCACGGCAUGGAUGA